UACUGUUAUAACGUUAUUACCAUCAUUUUAUUAUUGAUGAUUGUGCCAGUCACGUGUUUAUAUAUCUGUGGUGCCGCCUUUAAUAUGAAGUUUUGAGGUUAUGAUGGACGACUCCACAGUCCACGACGGUUAUGUACAUUGUACAAUAUUUUACUAACACGCUGCACGCAUGACAAAAUAGCGCGGACUACUUCUCGCGGCAAUAUAUUCCCUAGUCUAGUCAAUAAGUUUCAAUUAUAAUUUAUUUAGUACGUUUUUUAUUAAACUUUGUACUCUCACAUUUAAUAUGAGUAAAAAAUUGUUUGACAUUUUUAAUAAAAUAAAUAAUAAAACUAGUAAAACACCAAUUGAAGAUUCUAUCGUUCAUAAAAACGAAAAGCCGAGUGAUGAUUGCAGCAUUACAUUUAAUGUUAAUUCAUACUCAAUUAUCUAAUGCUCAUAAACAACAAAUUGCGGAUAAUAGACAUUAUAUUAAAACAAUAACAGAUAUCAUACUGUACUUGGCACGUCAGGGUCUAGCAUUUAGGGGACAUGAUGAGAGAUUAUGUUCAAACAACCAAGGAAAUUUUAAAGAGGCUUGUAAACUAUUUGCUAAACAUAAUCCUCAGUUUUCUAAUUAUUAUAAUAACACUAUUAACUAUGGAAGUUGGUUGAUUCAGAAUGAUAUUGCGAAUAUUUGUGCUCAACAUGUUAAGAACUCUAUUAUUGAUGAAGUUAAGAGUUGUAAUAUGUACUCUAUUAUGUGUGACGAAGCCAGGUCAUUUAAAGAAGAGUAUAUGGCUUUUUGUAUUCGAUAUCCCAAUGGAUUAUGUGUAGAAGAAAGAUUUCUAGGGUUCAUAAAAGUUUCAGAAAAUCAAAACGCUGAAUCUCUGACUUCUGCAAUUUUUUCAUUCAUUGAAUAAUGUAAUUUAAACUCUGUUCC